UCCAAACUUUCAAAGUGAGCAGACAGCGAGGGAGACGGUGUGUCGGAGGGCCCGAGUGACAGAGUGAAAUCAAACUGUGGACAAACCGCAGAAGCAAACAGAAAACCUAGAGUGGACAAAGAAAACAGCAGAGUCACUGCGGAUCGUUUUCAGGGGAAAUCCUGCACCACAACGGGUUUGUUUUCUAUUCUUGUCUCCCCCUCCUCUCACAUCUCGAUGCUUUGCUUUGGUAUUUGUGCUCUGAGACCAAAUUCCUCUCCUGAUGCUUCUCUCCUCUGUCGGCUGAAGUAUUUUCAGUUUCAGUUUUUGUCCAGAACUUUGCAGACCAACAAACUGAGACAGACAUUUGCAGAAUUUGACCUGGACUAAACCUUUUCUGGGAUGAAUUUAACCAAGCCUAGCCUUUCUAGAGUCAGCCAGGUGUCUCUUGGGGGCCCCUGGACUUCAAGGACCCCGAGUCCUGCUUCUGAAAUGGGUUUUGAACAGAAGCUCUCUGAGGAUUGCAGUUCUCCAGACAGAACUGGGAAUAUGAGGAGAGGGGAACCAAGGAUGUGUUUGACGCACGGUUCAGGGGGACAGAGUCCUGAUCUGAACCGGGCUGGAGGCAUGUCAGUGGGUGAUGGGAAAGCUGCAGGGGCUGAGCAGAGGAUUCGUAGGCCAAUGAAUGCCUUCAUGGUCUGGGCUAAAGAUGAGAGGAAGCGGCUGGCCCUGCAGAACCCGGACCUACACAACGCUGUGCUCAGCAAGAUGCUCGGUCAGUCGUGGAAGGCCCUGAGCGCUGUAGAGAAGCGACCAUUCGUAGAGGAAGCAGAGCGUCUUCGUGUCCAACACCUCCAGGAUCACCCAAACUACAAGUACCGACCUCGCCGCAAAAAAACCACCAAGAAGCUUAAACGUGUAGAACCCGGGCUUCUGCUGCACAGCUUAGCCCAGGGUGGGGCACCAGGCUUGGGUUUAGGACCUGGUGUCAGUCCUUUGGGUGCAGAAAAUGUUACUGGAGGUUCUGCUUACGGGCAUCCAGGUGUCCAGCCUCCACAUCAUCACUCUCAUCACCUGCUUCCAUCUCUGGGCCAUUUCAGGGACCUCCAGGCCUCAGGACACUCAGAGCUAGAAAGCUAUGGCUUGCCCACUCCAGAAAUGUCCCCACUGGACAUUCUGGAAGAUGGAGCUGGGGAAUCUGUGUUUUUCCCCCAACAUAUGCAGGAGGAGGGAGGGAUGGGAGUUUGGAGUGGGUACCAACACCACCUUCACCAUCAUAAUCAGCAUUACACCCACCACUACAACAACCACAGCCACCACAGCUCCAUACACGGCCAGGGUUCAGGAAUGACUUUAAGCACCAGAAUGACUUCUGCUGAAUCAAAUAUGAUGUCGAGCAUGAGCUCUGUCACUUCACUCAGCUCCAAGCUAAAUCUCGCGCAUGUUUCUGGUCACCAGGUCACUUUAAGAAGUCCCGUAAAGUGCCCGCCACCACUGCCGGAUCCUUCCUCCCCAGUUUCAUAUCACCAGCCCUGCAACAGCCUCUCUGAGCCAAUAAAAUGCCACCAGCCCCCACUGAGCUCUGCUCCUGUUGGUUAUUUCAGUCAGCUAUAUGGAAACGGCACCCCUAAAGCUCCUCAUUUCACUUCUUCUCAUCUGGGGCAGCUUUCACCUCCUCCUGAAACGACUUCUUCCUGCUCAACCUCAUCCAUUCCCCCUCCAUCCACUUUCCCUCCCUCUGUGAAUUUGGAUAAUUCAAAUCUGGAUUCCUCUGGCCAGCUGGGGGCUUCGUCUGCUGAAUUUUGGGCUGAAGUGGACAGGCAUGAAUUUGACCAGUAUGUAAAUGUUCGGAGAAAUCGAGAUGAGGCUUAUGGAUUGGGCGGGGAAUGUGGUGGUGUGUCCAAGGUUGUGGGUGGCCGUAGUAGCAGUAUUGCUGGAAGUAGCAAUAAUAGUAUUGUUAGUAGUGCAGUUAAUAGGGAUGUUGGUGGUGUGAUGGGUGGCGUUGGUGGGUGUGAUGAUGGAAGCAGCCCUCUUAUAUCUGCUCUGUCUGAUGCAAGCAGCGCUGUCUAUUACAGCACCUGUAUCACUGGAUAAAUACUCUGAAAUGUAUGAUGAGACAACAUACAAAGGAAGUAUACUGGAAAAACUAUUUGGGUCAUACUUUAUUCAAAGCAUUUCAAAGAGCCCUUCACUAGCUUUCAAAUCUUUAGGUUUCAGGAACCCUUAUGUGUGUUGACAUGCCUUUACAUGUUCAAUGUUCAGUUAUUUUAGUUCUUGGUAUGUUGUAGAAAAGAAAGCAUUUGAAAUCAGGAAAAUAAUCUCAGUUGGGCUUCACAACAAUUUCUGUCAUAUUUUUUGUUGAUUGGGAACAUGAAAAAUUAGCUCAGUGAAACACUUCCAAGAUUCAUUUACAGUAUUUUUCUUAGUGUUGUUGGGAAAGUUAGGGGCAAACACCAACAUGUCAGAUAUCUGUCUAACCUAUCAGAAUGUUUCACUUUUCAGGCCGUUGUAUGUUCCCUGUCGCGAAACAUCCCUGUCAGACUCUACUGACAUACAUGGGUGUGUGCUGAUUCCAAGAACACUCUUUCUAACUAGCUUCUCUGAUAUAUCUUUAACUGGGGUUUGUUUAAAACUUUAGCACUGUCUAUUUCUGAUCACAGGUCAUGAUUGUAUUCACGGCCUUUGCAAGUAAUCAGCUCUAUUCAUACAAAGCAACCUCACACAAACAGAUGUUGGAGAUCAGUCGCACAGUCAUGAACUUUGGGAACAUUGGUUUGAUGUAGAUGUUUACUGUAUACUUUUGAAGAUGCUAUGCUUCUUGACAGGAUGUGAAGGAGAAAGUGAAACUAUGAAAUGUUCUCUAUGCACUGGGUUUGAUGUCUUGUUUCAUAUAUAGAAGUAAAAAUACUCAUAAUUUGAAAUAUGUUUUUGUGACUGUUUGUCUUGUUUUUUUCUGUCUUCUUUA